AUGGGAUGCCGCUUCUCGCGGUCUUCAAGUGAUACGGAGCUCGAGCUUAACACCGACUCUGUGACCGGUUUAAAUCGCUCUUCCGAAAAAUUACCACACUCUGAAUCGAAGACAAGGAGUGUUUCGGAACAGCUAAAAUUAUCAAAUUUGACUGCCCCGAUUGUAAGUGAAAAUAGCAUCGGUGGAGCCACAACUUCUUUUUCGAGUACGAGGAAUGCGCGCCCUUUGGUGCGACGUGAUACGCCGGCCCGUUCCGCUUUCCUCGACAGAGCCACUUCCAAACCAAAGGUGUUGUCGAGCAUCCAGGAAUCGAAUGCAAUUUACGUCAACAAACCUUUAGGGCAAGUGGGAAGCACUAGCCAAGCAGAUUUCUUUCGAAUGCUCGACGAGAAAAUUGCUCAAGUAAGUUAG